AUGGAGACCGCAACGGGGCCACUAUCGAGGGUCAUCACCAAGCUUGGUGUUCUUCUCAAGCUUAACAGCCAGGACAAGAUCUGGGCCAUCGCCAGGUCAAAGAGGAGGAGAGAGAGAGAGGAGAUUAUGUUUCUUCACUCUGAGCUCGAGAAGCUCUCCAAUACACCGACAGACCAGCUUAACAGCCAGGACAAGAUCUGGGCCAGAGAUUUGAGGGAGCUGUCUGAUGACAUAGAGGACAUUAUUGACACACUCAUGAUGCCUGGCAAGCUCAACGAGUCAGCAGAGUUGAGUCGUAUGUUGAGUCGUAUACGGAGAUCAGUUGCCAGACAUAUGAUUCCUACUCGGAUCAGAGACAUCAUAAGCCGUGUCUCAGAGGUGCACAAGAGGUGUCACAUGUACGAUGUUAACCUUGGUGUUGAUAAACCUACCAAACCUACUGUGGACCCACGUUUAUUUUCUCAGUACACAAUGAUUAAAGACCUCGUUGGCAUUGAUGAAACUAGAGAUGAGUUAAUCAAGAUUUUGAUGGGAGAGAACGGAGUGCCCUCACAGCAAGGCAAGAUAGUCUCCAUUGUUGGAUUUGGUGGGAUGGGCAAGACAACUCUUGCUAAUGAAGUGUAUGAGAAGAUUAGUGCACAAUUCGAUUGCUAUGCUUUUGUAUCAGUUUCUCAAACACCUGACUUGAAUAAACUAUUCAAGGACAUCCUGUAUCAACUUGAUAGGAAUAAAUACGAUGACAGCAUCAAUGAAACUUUUGUUUACGAGCAGCAGCUCAUCAAUGAACUCAGAGAAUUCCUUCAACAUAAAAGGUAUUUUCUUGUUAUUGAUGACAUAUGGGAUAUCUCAGUCUGGCAAACUAUUAGACGUGCCUUGCCUGAUAAUGAUAUUGGAUACAUAAUUAUCACAACAACGCGUAAUUUUGGUGUUGCGGAAGAAGUUGGUGGUGCUUACAAGUUGAAACCGCUUUCCCUGAGUAACUCCCAAAAGUUGUUGUACAGAAGAAUAUUUGGUAACGAAAACAAGGACAACAUUGAAGACAUAGACAAAUGUCUGAAUAAGGAGCUGGCUGAAGUAUCCAAGAGAAUACUACAGAAAUGUGGUGGUGUUCCCUUGGCUAUUGUUACAACAGCUAGUCUUCUAGCAUCUAAAGCAAGAAAUGAGAUUGAUUGGUAUGAUGUGUACAACUCUAUUGGCACUGGUCUUAGCGAUAGUACUGAUGUGGUUAAUAUGAGAAAGAUAUUAUCACUUAGCUAUUAUGAAAUGCCCUCCCAUCUGAGAACUUGCUUAUUAUAUUUAAGCGUGUUUCCGGAAGAUUAUAAAAUUGAAAAAGAUCGUUUGAUAUGGAUGUGGAUAGCCGAAGGCUUUAUUCAAUGUGAAAACCAAGGUAAGAGUCUAUUUGCAAUUGGCGACAAUUACUUCAAUGAACUCAUGAACAGAAGUAUGAUCCAACCUAUAUAUGAGAGGUACACUGGCUUGAUAUAUGCUUGUCAUGUACAUGAUAUGGUGCACGAUCUUAUUUGCUUCUUGUCAAGUGAAGAAAAUUUAGUUACUAUAUUAAAUGGUGUGUGGUACACAUCUCCAUCAAAGUUGUUUGGGAGGUUGUCUCUUCAAUAUGGUAAAGAAGAUAACUCUAAGCCUCUACGUAUUGCAAGCUUGGAACAUGUAAGGUCAGCUGUUGUCUUUCCAUCAGCAUUUUGUGUAAUGCCAGUCCUUCGAAGAUUCCGAGUUUUACGAGUCCUGAAUUUACAAGAUUGCGAUCUUUCACGAGGCUACAGCCUUGAGUACCUUGGGGAUUUAUUUCACUUGAGGUACCUAGGACUAUGUGCCACACACAUUGCUCAGCUUCCUCAACAAAUAGGAAACCUAAAAUUUCUACAGACUUUGGAUGUGAGGGGCAACAAUAUGUUUAGCUUGCCAUCAACUGUUGUUCAGCUCAAAAAUUUGAUGUGCCUGUACAUUGAUGAGUUUACAAGAGUGCCAAAUGGGAUUGGGAGCCUAACAAACCUUGAAGUGCUGUCAACUUUAGACAUUACCGUCUCCAUUGACAUUAUAGAAGAGUUGGGCCAGCUAAUGAAACUGAGAGUGCUUCAUAUUUUGCUGUUCAUUGGUUGGAGUGGGAGGCUGGUGGAGUGCCUAUCCAAGCUGCAAAAUAUCGAAUAUCUAUACAUCAAGAUAUUUGGAGAUAAUCAAUGGGACUUUGGUGGAUUGGAUGCCUGGGUUGCCCCUCGACAUCUCUGUAGAUUGGAUAUAGAAUGGCCAUGCUGGUUCUCAACACUGCCAGCAAGGAUGAAUCAGUCUUAUCUACUGGACCUUGUAUACCUAUCCAUUGCUGUCAGGGAUUUCGGGCAGGUCAAUCUCGAAACCCUUGGGAGGUUGCCAGCUCUCCGUCUGCUAAAACUGUCGGUGGAUCCAAAAAAUCUUGGAACCCUUGGGGGAUUCAUCAUUGGUGCUGGAUUAUUCCCAUGCCUUGUAUUGUUCCAGUUCGGAGGAUAUAUAGGGCCUAUAGUGUUUCAGCAAGGAGCUAUGCCAAGGCUGGAAAUUCUUAACUUUGAGUUCUGUGUACAGGCGGCUAGACAAAUCACCUGCAAUGGUGAUGGUCCUGAGUUGGGUCUGGGAAACCUGCCAUCACUCCAGGAUGUCAAAAUUUAUUUGCGUUCUAGAGGCGCUAGCAAGGAAGAGGUAAGGGAAUUGGAGGCUGCGCUGAGGCAUGCAGCUGAAAUCCAUCCCAAUCUUCCCAAGCAUCAGAUAUGCGGAUGA